CUCUCACUCAUACUCUGAAUUUAUUGUGAUCGGCGAUAGCUAAAUACGACGGCCAAUAUUAUUGGCACUAAUACGUCUCCCACAGAAAUUAUAACUGAUAACAUUUAGGAGGUGAUAAGGUUGCCUCUGAUUCAACCAUGGGGCGCUUCGAUCGUCUGUUGACGUGCACACGUGAGCAGCGUGACAGCGUCUGUUGAUAGCAGACGAGUGUGUCAUCAGAUCUUAUCUUCGUGAAUAUUACCCCAUUUACCUCAUUUACUGGUUAUGUGUUAUUAUAAAACCAGUGCCAUUCUAUUUACAACACAAGCUAUUAGUGGUCUUAUAAACAUUCAUUAAUUGUACGUUCUCGUUGUAGUACUUAGUAAUUAUCGUAAUUGGUAGUUAUCCCUCGUGAGGUUGUUUUGAGUUGUGCGCUUGAAAUGCAGUCGUCUUCAAAUUUCUGGAGCUGUAUUGAAACAUUGAAACAUGAUUUAAUUAAAAAUAAGAGAGUUUCGAAUGUUCAGCGCAUGUCUGAAGAUACAUUAAUAAGACAAAAGUUUGAUGUUGAACAGCCACAGGAAGAUGUUUCGAGGUGAUUUGAAGAGAGGAUUUUCAUUAUUAACAAGUUGUCAUUGAGAGAAUAGAGAAAGAAAUAAAGCAGAUGCUGCAUGCAAUUGCUAGGGGUGAACCCCCCAAAUUGAGCUUUCUCUGUCGUACAUCCUGGAGUUCUGUCAGGUUUGAUCAGGAAUAUGGUGUUCAAUUGCAUCAACCGUCAAAUAAGCAGUGUAGUGAAGAUUUCCAAGCAAAAAUGACGACAGUAACGUUUGGUUGGGCACCAUCUAUCAAGAAAUAUGCCCUCAUGGUACAUCUGCUCAGCGUGAUCUAUAGACUGGUCCACACAAACACCUUCUGCACGAAGAGAGACAUCUACUACCAGAAUCCUGAGUUGUUUGGUUCGCAGCGCCACCUGGACGAGAUUGUAGACGACAUCGCCUGUCUGCUGGCCGUACCUCGGCGAUCCCUGCAUGUUACUGCAACAUCUAAAGGUCUCAUAGCAGGAGAUCUACAGUACACUGAGGCUGAUGGAAGAUUUGUAGAUUGCAAUACUACAAGUUCAGGAAUCCUCUUAACCAGCAAUGUGGACGGUAUAACAAACAUGUGCAGCCAUGCUAAGUUUGUAUUAGUGGUUGAAAAGGAUGCUACAUUCCAAAAGCUCCUGGAUGACAACAUAUUUACACAGCUGGGGCCAUGCAUUAUCAUAACAGGUAAGGGGAUGCCGGACGUGAACAGCAGGUUGAUGGUGAGGAAGCUGGCGGACACGCUGCAGCUUCCCACGCUCGCGCUCGUCGACGCCGACCCUCACGGAGUCGAGAUUAUGUGCGUCUACAAGUACGGCUCCAAGUCGAUGUCGUUUGCAGCGCGUGACCUCACCCUGACCUCACUGCGCUGGCUCGGUGUGCUACCUAGUGACAUUCACAAACUUCAGAUUCCGGAGACCAGCCUGAUGCCGCUGUCCAAAACAGAUCUGGACAAGGCAAGGGAUCUUAUGAGUAGACCCUACUUCUCUACCCAGCCGGACUGGAUACACCAGCUAAAGAUGAUGGUGGCUUCAGGCAAGAAGGCAGAGAUACAGGCUCUAACAGCUAUAAGUGCCAGCUUCCUAACAGAUGUAUACUUGCCGAACAAGAUUCGCUAUGGCGGCUGGAUAUGAGUGACCUGUGGACUGUCUGACCUUCAGGCAUCAGUUUGUGAGUCAAACUUAUUAGACUAACAUAGAUUGUGUCACUGACAGUGUUCUGGUUGAAUGUAACAUGUGAAUCUCUACAUAUUGUUCAACUGUUUGCACUGUUUCUCUAUUUAUACUAUUUAUACUAAAGUGCUUAUACUGUGUAGUGUGAGUAUAAAUAUUAACUGUUAGAAACUACUUCAUUUUGUGGCUUAUAUGACGCUUUUUUGUUUCUUAGAAAAUGUCUCAAAAAACAACUCUAAUGAAACACAACAAGCAUGAUUUAAAAUACAAAUAUGUAUAUAUACGUAUAUAUUUUUCAUCUAGUGUUCGGUUAGAAACUGGCAUAGAUGUUCAUUCACUACGUAUGUUAAUAUAACCAUUUACUUUUUUA